GUCCUUUGAUAGCACAUGAGUGGAAAAGAAGGAUAUAAAGCUCCUAAGGUCCCCUGCAAUGCACUCUGUGACAAGACACCACCAGUCCCCCCCAAGAUGAACGCCUUCUUUAUUCUGGCCUGUUUUCUCGGCGCGGCAGCUGCACAGCUGCACACACAGUGUCAUUCCAACGCACAGCAGCUGCGCGAAGUGGAGGUUGUUGCCCUUGUGGCGGACAUCGUGGAUCGUAAUGAGGACAACAUCAUUACUGUAGGAGAGUUUGUGGUUGGCUUUGCCGACAUUCUCCAGUACCAGCUUCCCUUGUCCGAGGGCGUCAUCCUGGGCAUGACCAGAGAAGCACUGGUGGCGCUGGCGGCGGCGGCUGGCUUGCAUAUCACCAAGGAAGAAUUCGUCACUAGGUGGCAUGCGCGUUUCGGAGACAGCAUGGAGUUCGCUCGUGCCACCUUCGAAGCCUACGACACCAACCACGAUGGUGGUCUGUCUGUGUUCGAGAUCGAAAGCAUCGUUGACCACGUGCUGGAGCGCGAGGAUAACGGAGAUGGCAAAGUGUCUGGAGCUGAAUUCCGCGCCUACCUCCUGUGGGUGUACGGCCCACCCUGCGCCUAAGAAGAGAAGACUUAAUUCACUUCACGAACGGAUUGUUGUUAGAGAUGGAAAUGUUUCAUUAAAGAAUCCUAUGAAUGAAAA